AUGGUCUCCGAAGCCGAGGCACGUGAUAUAUAUGCCCGAUACAUUCAUUUUGACGGCUUGAAUAUUGCCAACUUCUCGCGCGAAAUAUUCGAGGCUUGGAAGGCAGGCGGUAUCACAGGUGUCUCAUGCACGUGUGGCAUCUGGGAGAACUUUCGCGGCGCCAUAGCCAAUGUGGUGCAGUGGAAGAAGUGGUUUGAAGAACACUCGGAUUUGAUUGUCCAAGCACACACUGUUGCCGAUAUCCGACAAGCCAAGAAGGACGGCAAGACCGCGGUUCUGCUUUCAUGGCAGAACACGGCAGGAAUCGAGGAUCAGCUGGAUUACCUGAGGGUAUUCAGAGACCUCGGAGUCAGAAAGAUGCAAUUGACGUACAACACCCAGAAUUAUUCCGGAGCGGGCUAUACCGAGCCUCGGGACUCAGGCCUGACAGGAUUUGGUCAGGAGGUUGUGACCGAGAUGGCCAAGUUGGGUAUCGUCUGCGAUCUAAGUCACGUUGGACCUCAGACUAGCCGGGACGUGAUUGAAUUUGCUCCCGAGGGGAAACCACCUUGUUUCUCACACAUCCUUCCCGGCGGCAUGCUCGACCAUCCGCGCAACAAGACGGACGAGCUGAUCAAGCUGAUCGGCUCCAAGGGCGGUUUCGUCGGCCUGUCGCAAUUUGGGCCGCACAUGAAGAAAGGCAACGACAGCACCAUCGAUGACUAUGUUGAGGCGCUGGACUACGUGAUCGGACUCGUCGGCGAGGACUUGGUAGGCAUUGGUAGUGAUGCGAGCGAGGGACACGGACGGCCGAGCGACUUUAUGGCGUGGUGUAACAAGGAUAAGGGGUAUGCGAGACAAUUAACACCCUGGGGCAGUCAGAAGGUUGUGAAGCCUCUGGGGCCUCUAGCGCAGCGCGCGAAGCUCGCGGAGGCUAUGGCGAGGAGAGGCUGGUCUGAGGAUAAGAUGAGGAAGGUAUUAGGUGAGAAUUGGCUGAACUAUUUAGAAAAGAUAUUUGAAAGAUGA